AUGGACAGUAAGAAGGAAGAAACACUUCGUAGAGGUCCAUGGCUCGAAGAAGAGGACGAACGUCUAGUGAAAUUCGUUACCCUUCUAGGAGAACGUCGUUGGGAUUCUUUAGCAAGAGUUUCCGGUUUGAAGAGGAGCGGUAAGAGUUGCAGACUAAGGUGGAUGAACUAUUUGAAUCCGAAUCUGAAGCGUGGACGGAUGACCCAAGAAGAAGAGAUUAUUAUUCUUCAGCUACAUGCUCUAUGGGGUAACAAGUGGUCAAGGAUCGCAAGAAGAUUACCUGGUAGGACUGAUAACGACAUCAAGAACUAUUGGAGAACUCAUUUUAGAAAGAAAGAGGAAGCUCAAAACUACGGUAAGAUCAUUGACUGGGGAGGACAUGCAAGAGAAGAAUUGUUACGCACGUAUAAGGAAACAGAGGUAGCGAGGACAAGGACGGUGUCACAAGAUCAUGGUUUUGAUGGAAUUACGAAUGAAUUUAAUCAGAGAAAUAUGGAAAAUGGUAAAGAACCCAAUGGUGGUUUUUACGAAAGAGAGAGCUUCGGUGUUAUGAAUUCACCAUACGAAAACCGGAUUUCGGAUUGGAUAUCAGAAAUUUCUACAGACCAGAGCGAAGCGAAUCUUUUAGAAGACCAUAGCAGCAGUAGCAGUGAGAACAAUAUUAAUAUUAACAGUGGUUCUUGGUGGUUUCAGGAGACCAGAGACUUUGGAGAGUUUUUAUGUUCUCUAUGGUCAUAA